AUGCGCUCUCUCUAUUUGCUCCUACUAGCAUCCAUAGCACUAGCAGACGUGGACAUCAAGAAGCCAGAAUCUGGCCAAACUUUCGACGCCUCGGGUGGCCUGGCCAUAAUUGAAAUUGAAUGGGAAGACGAUACCGUCAGUUUCGACUUCUCUGACUUGGACAAUGCAGAGCACUACGACAUCACGCUCAUGACGGGCACCAACGAUAAUAUCGGUACAGUUAAGCGCAUGGGCAGCAAGCUUGACAACACAGAGAGAUCUUUCACUGCUAAAAUUGACAAUGACGUCGGGCCCAACGGAUACUACUUCUUUCAGAUCUAUACCCAGUUCCCCUACCAAGGUUACACCAUCCACUACACCAACCGGUUCAGGCUCACUGGAAUGGACGGAAGCGGAUCGAGCUUCACUUUUGAAAAUGCUCUUUUCUCAGAAAGUGGACAUCAACCACAACCUCAGUGGAACGCAGGCGGCACUGCCCUCAAAAUCGACCUGGACUCGUUCACCCUAACAUACACGGCGCAGACAGGCUGGGUUCGGUAUGCGCCAAUGCAAAUGAACCCUACUUUGCCUGUAACAGGUACCACUUGGUCUCGUAGACACGAGACGUCUUCUUUUACGCCCUACACUGCCAUCAGCCACUUCCCCAAUGCCUGGACCACUACAGCGGCACCUAAGACAUAUACGAUAGACUCAAAAGUGAACUCAGCACCGAUCAACACGUACCCGACGUAUUACUAUCCUGCGUCGUCGAGAAUCAGACUGGCCACAUUGUCGAACACCAGAAGGAAGCGGUGGGUGUAG